CUGUUGUAUUGUGGUGUCAAUCACACUGAAAACAUAACUAAGUAGUUAGUCGUUCAGUCAUUUUUUUUAUAUAAAAUUAUAUGGAUUAUGACAACAAGAGACUGACUAAAAUAACCCAUAUUAACUAGAUGGUACAGUCGUGUUGACGUUGAGAUUAAAUCGCCCGGUUCCCAAAUAAAAGGAUGCAGGCUGGAAACCUGGCAAGUACCUACCAAUGAGAAUUUUCCAAAUUAUAUGUGUGGUGAAGAAACCUAUACUUAUAAUUUCUUAAUAAAAGUUUGAAAUUGCUAAUCCCCAACGCAUAGUGAUUGAUACUCAUACCAUCUUCAUGUGACACCUUUGUUCAGCAGUGGCUACCUAAAUGCUGAUGACUGCUUGACAUUCUAUAAACUUAAGUUAUCUAUUUAGAAAUUAAUAGACCAAUGAGUUUCAGUCAGUGAGGUCUUAGGCCAAUGUGUAUCAGAGGAUCUUAUUCUAUCUAGACUAACUACUCUAUCUUACAAAAAUAUUUAAUUAACUAUGUCGUUUUUCCAAGAAAACAGAUUUCGCUUAAUCUUUCGUUAAAAUUGAAUCCAUCAAGAUGGGUUCAUGAUUCAACAGACCAUAAAUUAUUACAAUAUCAUAAGAUUAUGCCAUGCAACGUAUAGCGGCUCCGAGUCCUGUACGAAAUAACUCUUUGUUUCGUCCUCAAAUUGUCGUUUCGGGUCUGGGUGUCAUGUUGUGCGGGUGAAAUUGUAUGUUUGUCAACGCACACACGAUACAGGAGAUAAUCCUAAUGUACGUUUUUAUUUAAAAAAAGAAUUAACUAGGUAUAUUAGGUAGGCUUAGUUUGCACUUAAACAGGUACUGAUAGCAUAUAUUUCAUAUAUCUUAAAAUACACAAUAUAACUAUUUUAAGAAAUGAUACACCUGAUCUGAAACUGUAACAGACACACGCUAUCAAAAUCUGUAAUCUUCUUCUUUAUCUUGUUAAGAGUAAAAAUAAAAAUAAACCGCAUCAAUAAAAAUAAGUCGGUGACUCAUUCAUAGCAGCAGUGCUAAACAAUUGAUAAAUAGUACAGUUACGUUGACGUAUUUUUCAGACCAGAAUUACUCAUAUUGCGAGAUCUUACCACGUAUUACGAAAUAUGUAAUUAAGACAAGUGCAUGUAUGAGUCUUUUCUUCGGUUUUUUUAAAUAUACAUAACAAAAAAUGGUCGCAUCGAGCCGUUUUUAGGCACAUUAUGCAGCUAUCUUAACCUGAGAUGCCAGGACCUGAGGAGACCAAAUUAUUAUAGAUAUACAUAUUCAUGACAUACUAAUCUAAUCGGUCACAUAAAUAUUUUUAAUCUUGUCUUUCAGUCAUACUCGUAAAUAUUUUACGCUUUUCUGUAUGCAUUUCAUGCACCAAUCAAGUUACUUUAGAUAUCUAGUCUUAUCACACCUAGGAGUGAUUUCAUAAUUACGUAUAAGUAGCUGUAAUAGUUACGAGUUAGAAAGGUGCGUAUUUUAUAGUGAUUCUUAAUACUAUCAUAAUGUUUUCAGCUAAGCGGCUUGGUUACAUAGAUCUAAAUAUGGAACAAAAUCACGAACCUCCAGGUGUUCGGGUAUAUACGUUCGUAGGUAAAGGAAACUUUAUUGUGAACUCUAAUUCGAAUUUGGAUGACGACGCCAAAAAGAAAAGAGUGUAUGACAGUUGGUGGGAAAAACUGUGUUUACGAUGUCAUCAGGAAGACUCCACACCGUCUUGGCAGCCAUCAUGGUGGUCCAAAUUCUUCCCAUUCCCUUUAUUUUCUACUUACAGACAAACCGCGCAGCAAAUAUGCAUCAUAAUGUUCUUUUUACUCACGUGGGGUGUCCUAUAUUCAGAGAUAGGAGAGUCAGUAGGUUUACAAGGCGAAUUAUUUAGCAUGUCAGUACUAGUCAUUUCUGCGUACUUAAUAGGCUGGAUAUGGCUUAAAGUCACUACAUUGCCAGCACUCAUAGGCAUGCUUCUAACUGGCAUAGCAUUCCAAAACCUUCAAUUGGUCCACAUGACGGACUCUUAUAGAAAACUAAAUCAAGAUCUGAGAAAAAUAGCACUGGUGAUUAUCCUAACCCGAGCUGGUCUAGGUUUGAACGCAGGUGUUUUAAGGAAACAUUACGCUGCUGUUCUACAAUUGGGCCUUUUACCGUGGUUAGUUGAAUGUGUGGCUAUUGCUAUUAGCUCACACUAUCUAUUGUCUUUACCUUGGAUAUGGGGUUUUCUUCUAGGUUCAAUGAUAGCUUCAGUAUCACCAGCAGUAGUAGUUCCCUGUCUAUUUAGGUUGCGUGAUGUUGGAUAUGGAGUCGCUAAAGGUAUUCCAACAAUCGUAGUGGCCGCAGCUGCAGUUGAUGACUCCAUUAGCGUUGCGAUCUUCGCCAUCAUUCUAAAUGCAAUGUUCUCUACUGGAUCUGCUACUUUUAAUAUUAUUAAGGGUCCACUGUCCAUUGUUGCCGGCGUAGUUCUUGGAUCACUAUGGGGAGCUCUGCUGUCAGUGAUGCCUGAAAGAGGCGACACCUAUGUAGUCCCUUUAAGAUUUUUGGGCCUGUUUCUCGGAGGCCUAUUCUCUCUAUUCAUAUCGAGUAUGAUUGGAUGGAGUGGUGCAGGUCCCCUUGCUAUAGUAUCUUCAGGAUUUGUAGCCGCAUAUUUCUGGGAAAAACAAGGGUGGGUCGUAAACAAGAACCCAGUCAGCAAUGUAUUUAGAAUCCUAUGGAUAUUCUUUGAGCCUAUAUUAUUUGCUUUUACAGGAGCACAAGUUACGAUUAGCGCUUUAGAUCCACAAGUUAUAAAAAUGGCCACUAUAUGCCUUGUUGGCUGCUUAGUAAUACGUGCUAUUGCAACAUUUUUCGUAAGCUUUGGAUGCGGCCUUAAUAGCAAGGAGAAAAUAUUCAUCGGUCUCACAUGGACAGCCAAAGCUACUGUACAGGCAGCGUUAGGACCGGCCGCCUUAGACUUGGUGAAUAGUGGCCAAACAUCAGGUGCUGCUAAAGCCGACGAAGAAUACUAUGCGAAGGCGAUUUUAGCUGUCAGUGUCCUGAGUGUAAUGAUAUCGGCCCCUCUAGGUGCUUUACUUAUUGCUGUAGCUGGGCCCAAACUGCUUUCCAAAGACGACCCUGACGAGACUCCAGAUCAAAACACAGAAAAUCAACAAACCACUCAAAUAUAAAAGUUAGCUACUACGUAUCAGAAUCUAGUUAAGUCCUACAGUGCCUAUCGCAAUAUUUUAUACACAAUUCUAGCUGUUAGUCAGCGCUCUUAAUCGUGUUACUGUACUUUUGUACGUACAUUUUUUUAUAUAUAGAAAACCGCCAUUGAGAGUUUACCUCAUAGUACUUAUAUUGUAAUUUAUAAAUUAUAUUGAAUCUAUACCAGUUAUAGUACUUAACAAACUAAGUACUUAAACGAAUAUUUUUUUAAAUAUUGUUAGUAAUGUAAAUAUUUUUAUAUCUUCAUAAAUGUUGUAUUCAAUGUGCCUUUUAGCAUUAAACAGUUAUAUUAUAAUGUUGA